UUUUUUGACAGAAAUGGCAAAGAAGAAAACUAAGGAGGAUAUCAUUAGGGAGUUGAUGAAAUAUGAUGAUUUGGUACUAGAUAAAGAACACAGGCUUACUGAAAUGAGCAUUCUUCUUGCUGAUACUCACAACAAGCUCCAAAACGAAUACGACAAAAUAGAGGAACUUCAGACCGAAGUCGACAAGACAGAGAACCUCAUCACGAAGAGACAUAACCAAUUUGAACUUGAGAGUAAGAACAUUAAGUUCCUAAGCGGACAGAUAAAUAAGUUAAAUAACGAAAUGACUGAGAAAGGCUUAUUGAGUAAGGACUUGGUCAAGGAUUUACAAAAAGUUAAAAGAAAUAAAUUCAGGAGACAAAGAAGGCUGACUGGGACUUUUACACAUGGGUCGUCAAAUUCAGGCUCUCUGGACUUGCAUGGCAAUUUUGAUAAGAUAAUUACAAGCAAAAACUACAAAUAA